AUGAGUGCUCUGUUUGUGUUGCUCGACAAACAGGCAAUCUGGAUGAAGCUGAAUACCAGGCUCCACCAGUACAAAAAGUUAGAAGCUAGAGAAGAGCAAGAAAAGAACAAGAAGAGCGAGAAAAAUAAAAUCUACACAAUGGAUUUACAAUAUGUACUACUAUGUCCGAAAUCAACAGUUUCAUUUCUAUAUUACAAUAUGAAGUUAGUUGUACAUAACUUUACUAUAUUUAAUAUAAAAAUGAAGGAAGGGUAUUGCUUCAUUGGGAACGAGAAUGAAGGAGGUGUGGGUUCUAACGAGUUCGCAAGUAUUUUAAGUGUAUUUAUAAAUAAAGAAAGUCAUGAUAUUGGUAAAAAUUAA